CAUGCGCGGAGGGUGCUGGAGGCGGGCAAGAUGGCGGCGCUGAGGGCAGUCGGGAGGGCCGCUUUCCAGGCAGCCAGGAAGAUCCCACAACAACAGCAGCAACAACAACAGCGAGGCUUCGGCCUUUCGCCUCCUCUGGGAACGGUCAUUGUGGAACGAUGGUGGAAAGUGCCGCUCAGCAAGGAAGGGCGCGAGCCGCGGAUGAAACACCGCCGUUUCCGCGUCUACCGUUUGGUGGAGGACACCAAGCACAGUCCCAAGGAGCCCCUGACCCUCAUCCUCACGCAAACUGUAGAGGACGUCGGCAACUGCUGCGAUGUUGUCUCGGUGGACAAGUCGUUCGGGCGCAACAAGCUCCUUGCUAAGGACAAGGCUGUUUACGCCUCCCCCGAAAACCUGAAAAUAUUUGAGGAGCAAAGACAGCUCCGUUUGGAAGGAAAGUUGCCGAAACUCCAAACCCACACGGCCGUGAAGACUGUCCGGUUCCUGCGAAACUGCACCCUCGAAAUCGGAGUGAACGAGUGUGAGCAGUUCGAGCUGACCAAGGAGAUCGUGGCUCGCCACUUCCUCCGAAAUCUCCGGGUUGUGGUACCUCCACAUACAAUGAAGCUCCCAGAGGAGCCCAUCACAGAACUGGGUGAUUACUGGUGUGAUGUCACGGUGAAUGGUCUUGACACCAUCCGAGUCCCAAUGUCUGUGGUGCAGCAGGCGUACCCCAAAUCCAGGGGUCAGCGGUUCUGGCUGGCCCGACACGAGCCAGAGGCCACCACGCCCGAGCAGUAAUGUGGGUUUGGGAAGCAGACAACAACCUGGAUGCAAUCCGGAAACGGAGCCCGACAUCACUUUGGGUUUGGACUGGAUCUCUCCCUCUGUGCAGAAUGGGGUUCCCCCAUAUUUGAGGACCAAAGGGGGGUGGUACCUGACGGUGGGAGGUCAUGUGUCACUGUCUGAAAUGUCUUUUGAGGAACAAGGUUUAAUUCCACCGAGUGGUUUUCCAGUGCAUUUCUGAACACACCUCCCAGAGAUGCAGGAAAAGUACGAACAUCAUGUCAAUAAAAAAUGUCUCUGUUCGUGUUGAA